GUGUGAGCAGAAGCCGCGGUGGCCUCAAGGUUAUGGCGGGCGGUCAUCCGGCCAUGAACCGGUUGACAGCCGGGUCCUCGUUCACGUAGCUGUUUAAAUAACAUCAGCGCAAUGAUGUGUCGUGUCCUGAAGUCCACCUCCUGCGUCUUCGUCCACUUUUUGCCAUUGUCAAGACCUGAGGGCUCACCGUUUCAAUCCUUGGUUCUUUGCUGUUCCCGGGAACCCAGGUGGUCCCCUUUUCUCUAUACACGGAACGACCCAUUUUCUUCUGAUCCGUGAUUUGCUUCGAGUUUCAGCCAGUUAGCGUUAAUGUAAGACAUCCCCCUACAAAUAUGACACUUCCAAAUUCAAUGAAUCAAUGGCUAUGUCAGAAAGGAGAAGUGAAUCAUUCAAUGUCGGCUACCUUUAAACUGGCAAGUCUUUCUUGCAUUGGAAGAGUCGAUAUUGGUAAUCACUCAUCAGCCAGUGUCUCUGUAUUAGUUGCCCGAAGUGGCAGCAAAGAUUUUAAGGAAUUAACACCUCCAAUUGUUUUUCGUAAUGAGAAUGACUGUCGAGAUGGCAACAACAAAAAUUGUGUCAGAAUAUUGUCCAGCUCACAAUUUCGUGAUGAUACCAGGCAUGAGAUGUGGGAUUUGGUUCGUGUUGUUUGUUACCAACCAUUUCGCCGUCCUGAAGAUGAGCUGUUUGGAUUAUCAUUUUUUAAAAUAUUUGAUGCCCCCUCACAGUCUCCUACCAUUAAUAGUAUGCAGAGGUUCAAAGAGACUGCGUUUCGAUCAAGCAUCACAGCCAAAAAAGAAGUGUUAUUUUCUAGUAGUAUGACUCGGGCUGAGAAAAUGUUGGCUGCUUCCAAAACAUCCCCCAUUAAUGGUGUUAAAACCCCUUCAGGCAGUGAUGAUGAUUUUUUUAAAGCAACGAUAAUUAGUUUGCUGGAGGCGAAUACAAAUGUAUUGAAAGCUAAAAGCAUUCCUGAUGCCAAGUGUGAACUCUCUCAAAAACUCCAAGAUAUGAUGGGGAAAAAAUUCACUAUUUACGAAACUAGAACUUUUAAUCACACAUUCCGGAACUAUUUGGCUUCCUCAAAAGAUAAGCUUCCCUCUGGAAUCCUGACUCCCAGAGCAUCCAACAAUCAAACUUUAACAUCUUUGGGGUGCAGGAAGCUAGAAGACACAAAAAUGAGUCUGUUAAAACCUCAAAGUGACUCUUUCAACACAUUCAACAAUCAAACAGUGUACUGGGCUGAAGUACACCACAACCAUGGGAUGAAAGAUGGACCUGUGUCCUAUAUGGGACGCAGUGGUAAAGAGAACACUCCCUACUUACUGGAAAAGAACAGUUUGAGCAAUGGGAAUGGCAUUUUGGAAGACGCCCACCUGUCAGGUGCAAUAACGGAAAGAAAGAAUUGUGUUGACUCAUCUCCGUGCGACAAGUAUUCCCCCAGGGAUUCAUGGAAGAAUCGAAAUGAUAAAAAUAGAUGUGACUCUUCUGAGAGUAGCCCUGAUGCGUGGUUGAAGCGCAAAUCUGAUCCUAGUGAAAGGUCACAGUCAGCAAGCAAGAAAAGACCACGUGAAAGUAUAUCAACUGAAGAUAACUGUAGUGAAUCCGUAACUGUGAACAGGGUAACACCCAGCGGGGGUUGGCUUCUUAAUGGUUCUGGUCUUCACAAGAAAAAGUAUUCUCCUGUAGAUGAAAACAAACAGAACACAGUAAAGUUUCCCUACAGAGUAUCUCCACCACCACCCCCUGAUCGGCCCGCUUCACCUUUACCUCUUGUUGAUGAUAUUGAUCAACCUUCAACUUCCAGCCGUGAAACUGUAGCAGAGCGCAACAUUCGUAUGGAUUUCGAACGAAGAUUGGCUGAGCGCAGCCCACCUGAGAGGGUUGUUCAGAGAACAUCUGCUGGUAAAGUUAAGGGACCAUUCUGCACAAAGGGCAUGAACACUAACGAUUCACCCUUGAGAAGAUUGUCCCUUUGUGACGAAGGGGAAGAAAUUGACUCACCUUCAGCACGCCGAAAACUCUCUUUUGUCCGUCAAAAUGGCCAAGAUGCAGACAGUGGAGACCUAGUGGAAUGUCCUGUUUGCAAAUGUUACUUUGAAGGCUGUGACAUAAAUAAGCACCUUGAUGAGUGUGUCCCUUCACCCAUGAAGAAAGUGGAUGAUGGGGAGAACGAUGAUGAAAUGGCCUGUCCAAUUUGUGGUCUUUGGCAGCCAAAGGAUACAGUAGCAGCUCAUGCAGAUGAAUGUGCCCAGAAAAGAUAUGGUGCUUAAAACUGAAAGUAUUAAGCAUCUUUCACCAUGUUCAAGUUACCUGUUUUUUUAAGUCGUACUUGAUAAUAUCUUUUUUCUUUGCAAUCUAACCAACUGCAAUAUGAGAUUAGCUUCCCUUUUUUAAUAAGUAAGUGAUAAGGUUUGCCGAAUGUUAUUUAGGCUGCCAUAGUAGUCACAGAAACUUGUUCACUUCGGUUUUAUUGAAGAAAACUUUAAAGUGGCAUAAUUGAAUGUGACGGUUUUAAAUCUACCGGUAGUAGUCGUAACCAACUUUGUGUCCUUAUAUUGUAAGUUUUUCAAACUCUCCAAAUAGCUCAACAUCCUGAAAUUCAUUGAAAGCUUCUUAUCAAUUUGUUGUCUUGAUAAAUAGCAGUUUUCUUACUUUCUUAUAAUAAAUGUUUGAUCCACUGCCAAUUAUCAAUAAUUACUGCCGUUUAUAAUACUCAUGCUGGAAUGAGUGUUCUCAUCACUUAGAUUUGAUUUAAUAUGUAAUUUACUAUAUUUUUUUUUUUUUACUUUUCCCUUGACAAUACAUAAGUGUUUCUUUUCCAUUUUAUAAGACAGUGGACUUAUACGUUGGUCUGAGGGGCCAAUGUGUUUUAGGAAUCUUUCGCAAUAUUGGUGCCCGAGGUAAUUCUGAUGUAGUGCCCAGCACCAAGCAAGCUAUGGGAAUGAGACCUCUUUGACUGUAAGCAUUUAGCUGGCAUAGCUUGCUCUUUGCAGGGCUUUUUUUAAUAAGGGUUUCAGCGUCAUAUGUUGAGUAUGCAUUUUGUCUAACAGUGUUUGAAAUGAAAUAAGAUGUGUAAAUCACUGUAAUUUGUGAUUCAUUUUCUUAAAUGUAACAUUAUGGUUUCCAUGUUGACUUAUGACUCAAUUCUUUAAAUAAAUGAAAGUCUAUCUCCUCAGCUUGUGGUACGGGUUAAAAAGUUUAUUAGGUAUUAUCAGUGUUGAAUUUUAUUUGUAGUUAGUCAAUACGUCAUUGUAUGAUAACUGUUUUCUUUGAAAUGUUCUUAAGUAAGAUUUUCGUGUAAUUGUAGUCCUAUUGUACAUCUAUUUUUUUUCUUUGCACAUGUACUAUAAUUGAGUGAGCUCUACUUUUAAUUUAUGUUUAUAGAGGUGUGUUUCAUAUUUGUUACAUCCCCAUUGGAUGAAAAAGUACAAACCAAAGUUUAUGUAUUUCAGCAUUACUUUAUUCCAUGAUUACAGGGCCUUGUCAAAAUAAGAUCAGGUUAAUCAAUUAAUGUAAAGCUUUGACUGCCUGCCUGCCGUGCAUGUGGUUACAAAUUCCCUGUAAUGAUGGACUUUUGCAAUGCAAGUUGUUACCAAGCUGGUUAUGUUCCAGUCCCUACUGACAUUGACAGUCAGGUGAUCAAAAGAAUAUUGAAGUUUUCAGUUUUGUUUCCUGUAUCAGCUAAGUAAGUACUCAGUUAAUUUUUGGUAGGGCUUCAAUCUAACAAUAUGUGUUUUCAUCACAUAUCCUUUUCAUUUUAACUCAUGUAAAAAUUCUUCAUUCUUUUGAGCUCCUAAUUGCCUUUUUACAAUGCCAUUGUGGUAGUAGCUUAAUUACAAUUCUAAUUAAUGUAAUGUUAUUGGAUCUCAAAAUAUUUUUCAUAGCAAUUUCCCGAUUUUACCUACUACAAUUGAUGUCAAUCAAUAUUAAAGGAUCAGAAAAAACUCCUUUCUUAAAAAACAAAUCUCUAUAUUUAUUCAUCUUACUGGGAGGUUCUAAGUCCUUAAAUUAGAUUCAAUUGUGUACUUCAAGUCUUCUUUUUUUUUUACUGUUUUACCUGUUAUGUUUAUAAUUGUCUUCAUAGUUCUCAUUGAAACAUUUCUUUUAAGAACUUAAAUGAGGGUUGGGUAACGAGUGUUCCUAACUUUGUAGAACUUGCAGAGAUUUUUCCAGCCAGUGCAGUUAGUUUUUUUAUUGUUAUGAUCUUGCAUAGCUGAAAUUUUACCUGCGAGUUGUAUUUGUUAGAAUACUUCAGGUAUUUGACGCUUGCAGGGUUUGUUUACUUAAAAUAAAGAGAUCUCUCUAUCCUGCAGGGGAAGAGAGUGUGAGUGGUUUUUAA